AAAAAAAUAUUAAUAUAUGAAAGACGCCUUUAUCCCAAUAUCAAAGUCCAACUAAAAGACCUCCAUCUUCAUCUGGGUUUUUUUCCAUCAAAUUAAGUUUUGCGUUUCGUAUUUCAGGUUGAAGAAAUCCUCCUUUUGGGUUCGAUCUCUGGCUUCACCACCAAUGCUAGAGAUCGGACAUGCCCCAGGUAAUGCCCUUUUCGGCAAAUACGAGAUCGGCCGGCUCCUCGGUUGCGGUGCUUUCGCCAAGGUUUAUCAUGCCAGAAACCUCCGCACCGGCCUCAGCGUCGCUGUUAAGGUCAUCAACAAAAAGAAGCUACCCAGCCUCACCAUGAUGUCCAACGUCAAGCGCGAGAUCUCCAUCAUGAGUCGCUUGAACCACCCUUAUAUCGUCAAACUUUACGAGGUUCUGGCCACCAAAACCAAGAUCUAUGUCGUCAUGGAAUUCGUCAAAGGUGGAGAAUUGUUCGCUAAGGUUGCUAAAGGAAGGUUCACCGAAGAUCUCAGCCGUAAGUAUUUCCAACAGCUCAUCUCCGCCGUCGGGUACUGCCACUCUCGUGGGAUAUUCCACCGUGAUUUGAAACCUGAAAAUCUCCUCCUUGACGACAACGGGAACUUGAAGGUUUCGGAUUUCGGUCUCAGCGCCGUAACCGAUCAGAUCCGAGCCGACGGCAUGCUGCACACCUUGUGUGGGACCCCAGCUUACGUCGCACCGGAGAUCUUGUCAAAGAAGGGAUACGAUGGAGCUAAGGUGGACGUGUGGUCAUGCGGCGUCAUCCUCUUCGUGAUGAAUGCCGGUUACUUGCCUUUUAAUGAUCCCAAUCUCAUGGCUAUGUACAGGAAGAUCUACAGCGGUGAGUUUCGUUGUCCUAAAUGGAUGUCCAGCGAUAUGAAACGGUUCAUUUCUCGACUCCUGGAUACGAAUCCCGUUACAAGGAUCUCCCUUGAUGAGAUCCUUAAGGAUCCAUGGUUCAGGAAGGGUUACAAAGAGCCCAAGUUCCACGAGGAGCAACCCAAGGAUGACGCUCAGGCCUCAAGCUCGAAGUUGAAUGCAUUCGAUUUGAUAUCCUUCUCCUCGGGUUUGAACCUGUCGGGGUUGUUGGAUGAGUCUCACGAUUACGGUGAACGGUUCAUAUUAAGAGAGUCCCCAGAGAAAUUGGUGGAGAAAGUGGAGCAAUUAGGCAAGGGUGAGAGAAUGAAGGUCAAGAAGAAGAAACAAUGGGGCGUUGAAUUGGAAGGAAAAGAAGGGAUUUCUGGGGUAGCUAUUGAGGUAUACCAGUUAACCGAUGAGCUGGUUGUGGUGGAAACCAAAAGAACAGGCAGUGAUGCUCAAUGGUACAAGGAACUCUGGAACAACAAGCUUAGACCUGCCCUAGUGGGAAAUUAGCCGUACGUAGUGGUUUGGCUUUUGUGGAAACGCAGAGAUGAAGUCUUGUUGAUUUCAAUAUGGGUGCAUAUGCUAUUGUUGUUGUUAUUAUUGUUAUGAAUUGAUUGAUGAAUGAUGUGAAUAAAAGGGAAGAAUACAGACAAUAUAUGCAUCAGCAAUGGAGGAAUUUUCCUUCCAAGGCAGAGCAGAAGGAGAAGGAUGAGUGAAACUUACUACUUCAUACAGAAGUUAGUAUAACAAUCAUAGUAGUUAUUAUAAUUAUGUAAGUUGCUGUAUGUUAGCAGCAUUUUGGUGGAGUAAUACUAAAGAUAACCGGGAACUUUGUUUAUUUGGGGAUUAACAAAAUCCCCAUCCCCAACAUAAAGUUUACCAUUGGAUUUCUCUUGCUUGUAUUGUGUUGUGUUGUGUUGUGUUGUAUAUACCUUUCCUUUUGGUGUAUAUAAGAGAAGUGCAGCCAAAGAGAAUACUGGAUUAUAUAAAUAAUAAAGGGAUGGAUUUUUAUUGUUUUUCUUUAA